AUGUUCAACAACAGCUUUCUUUUGCCUUCCGUUACCAACGAGACAUCAGAGGGAGACUUCACCAGUCAGAUUCCCUGUGUCCUGUGGCACUUACAAAACAAUUCGUCCUACGACCAAGCCCAAGUCCAGGAAGCCUGCUCCGUGUACCCGGACCUCACGAAGAUGGGGACAGGAACAACUGCCGUCUUUUGGCUGGCAGGACUUCAUAUCAUCUUUUCUAACUUGGCUGUUCUCUGGGCAAUCGUUCGAACACCAGAGCUCGGCAAACAACUCUACCUCUUCAUGGCAAACCUCGCCGUGGCAGACUUGUUGGCAGGUAUUGCGCUUCUCGUACGGUGUCAAGCUGUAGACGGAGUAGGAUUGGCCAGACUGUAUUUUAUAAUGAACGUUGGGACUUUCCUAGCAUAUAGUCAGAUGAUGUCUGCAUCAGCACUAUGUUUACUGUCUAUAGGCUGUUAUGUUGCUAUAAGACAUCCUAUAUUUUCCUACACCCAUGCUCACAGUGCCAAACGCGACGCUGGCGUGGCCAUUGUUUCUUCAUGGCUUGUUGUUUCCUUGUUUGGGUUCGCGCCCAGUAUGGGUUGGAACUGUCUAGAUAUGCCAAACUUAAAGUGCUUCAACUUAAAUCAUGGAGGGUACGGCUAUCUUGUAUUUACCACAAUCCUCUCGCUUGCCUCUGUCAUGCUGUUUACGAAUAUAAGUGUGUUCAUAGCCGUCAAAGAACGGCAAAAGAGAAGGCUUGGGCAGCCAGGGGGGCACAACGAUCCGGUACAAAACGGCGCAUCGCAAGAUCAGCCCAACGACGCAGCAGAAAGAAAAUACCAAGAAAGUGCACAGAAGGCCAGGACUGUUAUGAUCCAGGUAGUAGUGGCCUUUAUAUUUUGGCUGUUCCCCAUUAUAUUCAUCCCAGUGUGCCGUUGGGCUGGGGAGAAGUGUCCGCUUCCAACCGGGCCGUCCGGAGCGGGUCUGCUGAUGGUGUUGAACUCGGCGAUUAAUCCAGUCGCGAGCAUCAUCCGCUCACCGGACUUACGAGCGAGCCUCCGCCAAGAUGCUACGGCUGUCUAUCGGGCAGUUGUCAAUGUGGUACGCCGGGGAAACCGCGUGAACCCACAGGACGAACAAAUCCCGGCCCCAAAUCAGCCUGGCGGUGCCGGGGCGGCUUCUGGGAGGGAACGAAACAUGGCAACAAACCAGCCCGCCACAGGCCAGCCCGCCACAGGCCGGCCCGCCACAGGCCAGCCCGCCGCUACAGGCCAGCCCGCCACAGGCCAGCCCGCCGCUACAGGCCAGCCCGCCGCUACAGGCCAGCCCGCCGCUACAGGCCAGCCCGCCACAGGCCAGCCCGGCGCUACAGGCCAGCCCGGCGCUACAGGCCAGCCCGGCGCUACAGGCCAGCCCGCUACAGGCCCGAAGGUAAUUCUCUCUAUCCACGGUAUGGCAGACAGUCAUGCCAUUGUUGAGAUUGACUGA